AUGACUUUGGACAUGACGCAGUACCAGAAACUUUACCGUCUUUACCGCAUGCCUUCAAUAGGCUGCGAUAUAUUGACGUCCAAUACGCCCAGCCAGAAAUCUGGGGAACACGUGCUGGUCAUCCACAACUGCCAGAUGUUCACCUUGGAUAUGUCGCCUGAGAAGGAGGUUGGCGUCGCAAUUCUAACGGCGGAAAACAGGGACGUCUGGGCGAAGAUAUACGCCAGUAUUGCCCAGAAUGCUCAAAAUGCGAAGUCUCUGGAAGCGAUCAAGCGGGCUGCCCUCGUGGUGUGCUUAGACGGCGGGGUGGCAGACGCGGAGCCCUACGAAGUGGCUUGGCCCCGGCAGGUAUACAGGGGCGGCCCGAACGCCGAAUAUGCAGCCAAUCGAUGGUGGGACAAGCCAGUUCAGGUGAUUGUGGGCGAAGACGGAGGGUCCGCGUUUCUGUGCGAUCACGCAGUCAUCGACGGCACCGUGAUGGCUGGACUCACGAAUCACUGCUACGAUUACGCCGAGAAGGCAGGGAGCUUCGAGGCAUCUGAAAACAACGAGGAAGCUGCUCAUCAAAAGCUGCAAUUUGUUCUCGGACACGAUACCUUACUAGCAAUCGAGAAGGCGACAUCGUUUCAAGCAAGGUAUUCCGACGACACUCAAAGGCUUCUGUAUACAUUUUCUGAGUAUGGAAAGAACUUCAUCCAGUUGUGCAACAUGAGCCCGGACGGCUACGUACAGAUGGCCCUGCAACUGGCGGCUUUCAGGUGA